CCAAUCACGCGCACCACUCAUCCUCUCUUACUACCACUCCCUUUCACGGACUGCGUGGCGCCUUUCGCACCGAGAUAGUUGACCAAUACCGCGUAUAUUCACCACGGAGACCACCCACCACAGUCACUACUGCAAGUCAUGUAUCGACCACUUUCCCCAAUAUUUGACGUGCCAGAAUUCCCGACGUUCCGGAGAGUGAAGCCACUACCCAAACGCAGACGGACUUCGGGGACGUCGUCGUUGCAUGAUGCCGCGGGGAAUCCACUGCCCAUCGUCCCCACAAUGCUUGACGCAGGCGCGGACGAGCUGACUGUGCACACGAAUGCCAUGACUGCGCAGAUGGCCCUUCAGUCGUACUACAUGCCCGCGCUCGGCGCUAUGCAGGACUUCUUCAAGAGCGGGCUGGCAUCAGCGAUGUCUGCACCGAUCGAUCUCGGAGGGGGGUCUUUUGGCGCAGGGGAUUUUCGCGGGGCACACGACGAGGAAGCGGGGGAGGGCGAGUAUGUCGACCACUUGCAGCAGCCCGGGAACACAAAGAAGAGAAAGGUACCCACGAACAUGUCCGGGUCGGCUCAUGGACACGACAUCAGCUCAGGCACCGCUGGAGCGGAGGACGAGCCUGUGGGCCGUGGGAUCCCUGCGAACGGACGUGCGGGACGGGAGCACGACCCUGCGAACGCUCGCACAUCGCUGGCCUCUACAGGGUGGACAGUGCAGAAGAAGGACAAGCUCCCUCGGGCGACACGCGCGGGCCUGAAGCACAAGGAGAUGCUGAAAUCCCGGAAACGACAGCUGGCCGCCGUCCUGGGAGCACUGUCCCAGGGUGACACACUGGCCCUUGACCAGGCCCUCUCGGCUAGCUACCCCUUUGCCCGCACAGGCAUGAGCGGUGAUCCGAAAGACGCCCCGCCGCUUAGAGUCCGACUGUCUCGGAGAAGGAGUGCCCGCCUGGCGCGCGCAUUCAAAGCCUUCAAAGCAUCACUGCCGCCUACACUACAGGAAUCACGGUCACUCGUCGUACCUUCCACGGAGUUCACGUUUGAGUGCCGUAGCGCCACGUCGGACCGCCUUAUUGCGACGAGAGAAGAAGUUGCGGUCUUGCAUGCACGCUUCGAGCAGGAGCUUGAGAGGCAAGCGACCAAGGCAGCGGAGGCAGCGAAGCAGGCCGAGAAUGCGCUAAAUGGACCCUCUGCGAAGCGCACGGACCGCUCGAAGCAGAAGGGCAAUAACACGGUGCGUGGCUCAGAGCACAAGGUGGAAACUGCAGCGCACCCAUCACAGGCAACGAAGGAUCGUGGCGGCAAGAAGAAGAAACGGUCAGCUCUUGCGAACGCUUCCAACCCUCACCACUUGAAGAACUACGUUCCCUCACGCCUUCCUAAUUCUGGGCAUGCUAAUUCCGCGCAGGCCGUUCAGAAUGCCCAGAACCUCCUUAGUCCUCUGCCAAUCCGCUUCCUGUCCGCCGAUAUUCCUCCACGACGCCGGAAGAAGUCUGACCGGGCUGUCAUUCCUGUGUCGACUCUCGCGAACCCUGCGGACGAGUGGAUAUGCCCUUUCUGCGAGUACGGUUUGUUCUAUGGUGACGAGGCAGAAUACAGGAGUGCUGUCAGGAAUCGCAAGAAAAUAUUGCUGAGACGUCGGCGGGCGCGCGAGCGAGCUGCCGCUGCUGCGAGCGGCGCUGCUUCUGUGAAGCCGUCAGAGAAGGACGUCCCUGCGUCUGACGAUGCCCACACCGGAUAUGAAGCUUCUGUCGGGAACAGCGGAGCGCUUGCCGCUGGCAAGCAGGCGAAGAUGAAGGAGGAGCGGGACCGGGGCGGGGCUGAGAUCACACAAGUAGCACUAGGAUAAUAACGGAU